AUGUCUUGGAAGCACGCUGUGUACAUCCAGCCAGCCACCCAGGGCCAUUUCCCACAUCCACAGAAAAUUUAUUUUGGCAAGGAUAAUCGUAAAAGCAGAAGACAGAUCGCCGCGACCUUGAGCGUGGAGUGCGAGUGCUCCGCUGUUAGGGCAUCGUAUUCGACAGCUUCAUCCUUCGCUCAACUGACCUUGUCGAAAACCCGUACCCAGGGAGCCAUCAUUGGCUUAGUCGAGCAAAAAGGUACGGAGUACUCCGUACUCUUCAAGAAAAUCCACGAUAAGAAGAAUAUCACGGAAUCAUGGAUCUCGAGGACAAACCAGUUUCAGUCUCCAACACUCGCCGCUCGGAAGGCUCCACUUCAGCUUAGAAGUUAUUCAAGAAGACUGGAAACCAUCGUUGCGGAACAUGCCAACCACGUGGGAAGUGUUCAGCCUUUUCCGAGUUGCGCAAUUCCACUCUUCACAAGCGAUUUUGCUGUUUUGCGACCUUCGGCUUCUUCUUUCGGCUCACAUGCUGGCUUCGGGGUCAACUUGAUGAGCAUUGAUGGGGCUACAAACGUGUUUCAAGCGUAUGCAAUGUUGCAAAGCAUCCAGUAG